UGCAGUCUUUCGCCUCUCAAAAUCUCACUACCACAUUUCUAAUCCUCAUCUGAGGUUUCAUUUGUUUCCCUCUCUAUCUCCAGUUCCCUUAACUCCGCUCUCAUCAUGAGACCAGAAGGCAACCCUUUGGAUCUCAACAAUUUACCUGAAGACCAUGGCAAGCUUCCUAUUGAAGAGAGCUCAACAACAACAGCAGCCUCCACUGACAUAAUUAGAUUCAAGAAGAAAAGGAAUGGAGGGAAGGAUGAUGGUAAAGUCUAUGAGUGCCGAUUCUGUGCUUUGAAGUUCUGCAAGUCUCAGGCUCUUGGUGGUCAUAUGAACCGACACCGACAAGAGAGGGAGACUGAGACACUGAACCGUGCUCGUCAGCUUGUGUUUGGUAAUGAAGGUCUUGGUAGUCCUGGAGCUCACACAGGGUACAGAGACUUCCCCAUGGGCCCCACACAACCCUUCCACCCCCGAGGAGUCGCUGUCACCGGAGCUGAUCCCUGCCUCCAGUUUCGGCCAGUAUUUGCUUCUUCUUCUUACCCUCCGCCGCCUCUUCACCCCAAUAAUCCUGUCGGAGACUACUUCAUUGGCCAUGUUUUGCCGAGCAGUUCUCAACGACCAAUGAAUCAUCAGUCGACGUACUCGUGUUUUGGAGCUCCAAUUAGUACUACUCAUGGAUUCUCUAUGGAAGGACUUCGAGCGCCGAUGGUGAGGGAUGGAGGGUCGAGCAAUCACGCCCGUAUCGAUCGUUUAGGGAGUGAUGAGUUUUGAGGAGAUGCUAUACGGUUAGGUCCCCCCCUUCCUUUGAGAAGUUGAAGUGGGAGGUAAAUGGGUUGUUCUUGAUGAUCAACUCCUUCUCCUUUGUUGUAAGGACUUAAGCUACAUUUUGGUUGUAGAGAGUAAAGUAGCUAAAAGUAAC